CUCACAGACCACGAAAUCGCAGGAGAGAUGGCGAUUAUGAGCUUGGAGGCGGUGCAUGGGUUUCUUGGACGAAGGAGAUGGAUGUGUUGCGGUAAUAGCGCCGCGCAACCGCUCUCCGCCCAUCCACCUACUAUCUCUACCGUUCAUAUUGAGGCCCCCGACGACGAUUCGGUGCCCCGAAAGUCUGAAAACACAUCCGAGCUAACCCCAUCGUCCCUGCUGAACCAUAGCGAUCAAAUCAUGCAGAGACAUUCGUUCACAGCUCUCAAUUCGACGUUCAUCGUCGACUCAGAGUACCAGUUUGUCAAGGAGCUUGGCCAGGGCGCAUAUGGUUGUGUCGUAUCAGCGAAGCACCGCAGGACAGGUGAAGGCUGCGCGAUUAAGAAGAUCACCAACAUCAAUACCAAGAGGAUCUUGACCAAGCGAUGCCUCAGGGAAAUCAAGCUACUUCACCAUUUCAGAAGACACAAGAACAUCACCUGUCUGUACGAUAUGGACAUUGUGUUUGGGCCCGAUGGCAAUUUCGAUGAAGUGUAUCUAUAUGAAGAACUCAUGGAAGCUGACCUCCACGCAAUCAUCCGAUCAGGACAACCACUCUCCGAUGCGCACUUUCAAUCCUUCAUUUACCAGACGCUAUGUGGUCUCAAGUAUAUACACUCGGCCAAUGUGCUCCAUCGUGACCUGAAACCAGGCAAUCUGUUGGUCAAUGCUGAUUGCGAGCUCAAAAUCUGUGAUUUUGGUCUUGCCAGAGGCUUCAACCAAGCUCAGAGGCAAGGGUUCAUGACAGAGUAUGUCGCGACAAGAUGGUAUCGCGCUCCGGAAAUCAUGCUGAGUUUCGCGAACUAUGCAUCGGCCAUAGAUGUGUGGUCCGUCGGUUGCAUUCUUGCGGAAUUGCUAGCUGGCAAGCCUAUCUUCAAGGGCAGAGAUUAUGUUGACCAAUUAAACCAAAUCCUUCACUAUCUGGGCACGCCCUCUGAGGACACCCUUCGUCGUGUCGGCUCUCCUCGCGCACAGGAUUAUAUCCGCUCACUUCCCAUCAAGCCUCGCGUGCCAUUCCAACAGCUCUUCCCGCAUGCCAACCCGCUUGCGAUAGAUUUGCUGUCCAAGAUGCUCAACUUUGAUCCGGCGAAACGAAUCACCUGCGAACAGGCGCUCCAGCACCCUUACCUUGCUGUCUGGCACGACCCUUCUGACGAACCUGUCUGUCCAACCCAAUUCGACUUCGGGUUUGAGGACGAAGAUUCGAUCGAGGGCAUGAAAAAGCUCAUUGUGGAGGAAGUCAACCAUUUCCGCGCGGAGGUGCGCGCACAUGCGAGAGCCUCUGGCCAGAUCCGUCGCCAAGACAGUUUGCCUAUCCCCUCACGCGACGACAUCAUUGCAUCGCCAAUCCAAGAGGAUGCACCCACGAAUGGCGCAACGUCAGGCUACUACUCUGGAAACCCUGUGUCGGAGCGCGCACCCAGCCCCGUGAUGGACGAUCCUAGUGCGGAACUCGAGCGUGAGCUUGCAGAGACGCACAUUGGCCGUUCCUAGAUGGAGCUCAACUUGCGUGCUUCGAGCAUGGGGGGCCAUUGUAGGUUGGAGGUAAUGUGGAUCGUAAGGAACGGGAAGGACUUUCGACUCAUCUUGUGAGCUUGUAUGUGGUACGUCGGUGGAACGUGAGGAUAGGAAGCGUUACUGGAUAUCUGCGCAUGUUGAUAAUACCUGAAGUGUAGUACUCAGAUGUAUCGGUGAGCCUAUAUAAAGCGAUGGAAAUGAUGUCGCUCAGGGAGAGGAAAGGACUUUCUCCAUGGUUGGACGCAUCGU